AUGGCCAUGCAGUUCUUCCUGAUGGGGCUUCUGAGCUUGAGGGCCCUUGCACUUCCUAUUGAGGAAACUUCGACCUGCGCCAAACUUUGGGGUCAAUGUGGCGGCGAGACCUGGGCAGGACCCAAUUGCUGUACCGCCGGGAGUACCUGCAAGGUCCAGAAUCAGUGGUAUAGCCAGUGCCUAGCAACCACAGGCACGAGCGACGGACCACUAGACUAUUCGCUGGCCGACGAGAGAAGCUUCCGUGAGCUCUCUUACAAGUGGUCCAUUGCUUGGGAUAGAAAGGAUAAAUCAACCUGGCUCGCCAUCACUGCACCUCAGGUAGUGGCCGACUAUGCUGACUACCCAGCUGUGGGCACUGUGACGAUCGCCAGCCCAGAUGACAUCUUCACACACUCGUUCACUCUGACUAGCCUUGGUGAUAUACGACUCGGCACUCAACAUUUCCUCGGCGCAUCCUUUUUCACACGCACCAAUGCCACAGAGGUCAAGGGAGACUGGCAGGUUCGGGCUCGCCACGUGAGGACGCAUCCCAAUGGUACGCAAGCCCAGUGGGACUCCAGUGCUUUCGUCGAGUUUCUAUAUGUUGUGGUCGACGGGCACUGGAAGAUUGGUGGUAUACGACCUCACACAGUUGUGGCUACUACGGGGCGGCCGGAAGAUGUCAUCGGCUCAUUCUGA